AUGAGGUUGGGGUACCCAAGUGGGAGUGCUGAGGACAAGUUGCUCGGCCCUCAGUUCCCAGUCCAACGACCUUGCUUCCUCAUCGUCGAGACGCGGGACAUGCAUCCAUUGGCGUUGUGUCUGGUCACGUACUUCUGCGAGACGGAAACACGAGAUUUGGAUGUGGCUCAUCCUGUGGCCACAGAGCAGUGUGAGGAGUUCCUCCUCCUCACUGAGCCACUCUUUCGGGCGAGAUUGCGGGGUACGGGUUGCGAUUGCCGUCCUCAGCUCAUUGAUGCGACGGGUGGUCUGGGGGUCGAAGCCAGGCGCGUUGCCGGCAGCAGCGGCAGCGGCGGGGGCCUCGUCGACAUCCAUGCUCACGCCUUGCUCGGUGCCGUCGACUGA